GUGAGUGUUUGGCCCAAUUACCGGGAAUUACCGGCCAGCUUAAGUUAUGCGAUUGAUAAGCGGAAAAUUCGCAUUACCAGAGUCUUAGGCAUUUGUUAAUUGCAACGGCAGUGCAAACAAUUGUGGGCGUGUUUCUGUUGGAAUAUAAUUACCGAGCUUCUUGGUAUUUGGAUGAGGGAUCUUCAUCUAAGGCCCUGGCCCAUUUGACCCUGCUGCUGCCGACUGUCGACUGUCUUACUUUUUAUUGGUAUUUCCAAUCGAAUUUAAUGAAUUCUUAAUUAGUAACCUUGAUCUUUUGUUCGCUUUAAAUUGUCAAAUUGUGAUGCAAAGUUCACUUAGCUAGACGCAAAUGAAUGCCAACAAUGUUCGUAAUUUAAUUAGGACUGGUCAAAGAUAUUUUUAUAAGCAAAAACAAUUUGAUACCACUUUAAAAUUGUUUUAUAAAAAUAAUGUUAUGGAGGCUUCUAGAUCAUAUAUAUUUAAAGGAACUUUGACAGAAUGACAUUUGAACUAUAAUUAUACAGGAAUAUAAACGUUUGACAAUUGGAUUCGAUACGAUAAAUAGUUCGCACCAAAAGACUAAAGUGUCUAAAUUUGUAGUGUCUAUUUAUGCACUUCUCUCUAAUGCCAGCCACUGGCGAUAUUCUGAGUGGGAAAAAGUGGCCAAUAUAAGAGGAUGAACUUUCCGCUGACCAAAUCGCAGUGGUCCGCCUGGCACUCCGAUUUCUACAAAUCUCCGCAUAAUCGUCUGGCCCAGAAUGUGUGCACCGCUCGCGAUCCCAUCAACGUGUGUCUGCGUUCGCUUGCCGACUUGAGUGCUCAAGUAUUUUCUGGCGAAAAGACCUGGCAUACUGUCGACAUGCAGGGAAAGGCCACCACAGGCGGUCCUGGUUGGAUUUGCACGGGUCUGGACCUGCUGCGCCAGGAAAUGGACCGAAAGGUGCCGCUUCCGGCGGACUUUGAGCUCUCCGCAGCCCAUUUGUUCUUCUGGCACAAGCUGGAGCGAUGCAACUACUUCCUGUGGACGGUGGCCGAUCUGCUGAUGCAAUGCGAACCGCUAGAUGGACGCUGCUUUCGACAUUUCAUGAAGAACGCCAUUCCGGAUGGCGGCAACUGGCAAAUGUUUGUGAAUCUGGUCAAGAAGUACGGCGUAAUGCCCAAGAAAUGUUACUUGUCCAGCCAGAGGAUACGAAAUAUGAACAAAAUACUGAGGAGCAAGCUCCAUGAGUAUGCCAGCAAGCUGCAUGCCCAGUUCACUUUCAAUGGCAAUGGCAAACGGCUGCCGGAACUUAUUCACAGCAUGAUUCCGCAAUUGUUCAAUGUGCUAAGCAUUUGUUUAGGAGAACCACCUGAGGUUUUCACCUGGACGUACUACGACCACAAGAAACGCUACCAGUCCCUGAGUGACUUGACUUCAGUGCUCUUUUACGAGGUGAUGGUGGCACACACGGUCGAUGUGGACGCCUUCGUUUGUCUUGGUCAUGAUCCUCGGAUGUCCUCCAGUUCGUGGACCAACUAUCAGGUCACCCAUAGCUCCAAUAUGAUAGGUGGUGAGCUGCACAGGUAUAACAACCAAUCCAUGGAUGUUAUAAUGCACAUCAUUGUGGAUUCUUUGGCCGGCGACAAGCCUGUUUGGCUGAGUUGCGACCUUCACAGUCGACUUAGUGGCAAAUCGGAGCCUUUAAGCCUUAAGUCCCAUAAGUUCGACUUGGUUUUUGGCCUUGAAGUGGGCAUGUCCCUGUCCAAAGCGGAGAGACUCCUCUACAAAGAUUCACGGCGAGAUGCGGCCCUACUGCUCACAUCUGUUGGCUUGGACCCCAUGAACCAGCCCUUGCAGUUCCGCACCAUUAGCGCUUCGGUUAUGGGCAAUAGCUCAUCCAGCGUGAGUAUUAACCAAGCCGUCGAGGAUGGGCCCAAAAAGGAGGAACUAAAGUCCUCCAAAAAUAGGGCCAUUUCAAUGGAUGCUGACUGGUUGAGGGAAUAUGCCUUCGAGAUUGUGGUUCACGAGAAGUUCGUGCCACCAAACGUUCUAUAUGCCAGUAGAAUCCCCCACACCAAAGAGCUGCCUGCCUGGGAUCCCAUGGGUGCCUUUCUUAAAUAAAAAUCUAAUAUCACACACUUAAACUAAAAACACUAUUUCCUUACACAGAAAAACAAUUUGAAGUUCUGUAUUAAGUUAGUCUUAGAUACUUGGUUAAUCGCUUUGAAAUGUUCACAUGCGAAAUCAAUUUUACAUUGUUCAGUUUAAGAAUUUUCAUUAAGUUGUAGGGGCCUAUUUAGAAGAUUGGAAUAUUCUGCUUAAUACUAAUAAUGAAUUGAAUUUUUAUUAACCAUUUUCCAUACACAGAAAAACAAUAAGACUAGAAAUUUUACUCGAGUUGAGUUAGACUUGAUACUUAUCAAAUCACUUACCGUUACCGUUUUAACAUAUCGACUUUAGAUAAUAUUAAUAAUUCAAUGAUCAAAAUUAAGCCUAUUGUACCUGCGUAACUAUUUUAGUAUGCUGUAACGUCUACUUCCGUUUACAUAUAACAUCGUUCUUCCGUCUUCUUUAUUGAAAAUAAAUUGUAGCAGAUUCUUAAGCAGUUCUUGGAGUCCACUAUGAACUCUGGUGUCAGCCGCCAAUCGCUUGUACAAAGUUAUUUAAAAAUUCCGCAACGUUGUGUCCUUUGUGGCAGUUGUUGUCAUCGUCACCGAGGCGCGACCUUCACUAAGUUUUUCGGGAAU